AUAAAAUAGCCAGCCAGACGAUGUAUAAAUACGGAGCAAAAGAUGCAGCUUUCCUUUCUGUGCACUGGGGCCCUUUAUGGAUUAUAAUCUGGCCAAUCAAAUCCUGCCUGGAAACAAACAACUGAGGAUCCAAAGGAACCUUUAAAUUUUAGACACACAGUACUUAGGAGACAUGGUGGGACUUAAACCCUCUGAUGUCCCCCCUCCUCUGGGGGUGAAGAUGGCGAGUGCUGGGGCAGCAGCCUGUAUAGCUGACAUUGUCACAUUUCCUCUGGACACAGCCAAAGUCAGACUACAGAUUCAGGGAGAGAAGACGGCAGUGGGAGGCAUCCGCUACAGAGGCGUGUUUGGGACGAUCAGCACCAUGAUCCGAACAGAGGGGCCCAGGUCUCUGUACAACGGCCUGGUGGCAGGUCUACAGAGACAACUGUGCUUUGCCUCUGUCAGAAUCGGCCUCUAUGACAAUGUUAAAAAUUUCUACACUGGCGGCAAAGACAACCCUGGCGUGCUGGUACGUAUCCUGGCUGGCUGCACCACAGGCGCCAUGGCAGUGUCCUUUGCACAACCCACAGAUGUAGUCAAGGUUAGAUUCCAAGCCCAGAUGAACCUGGACGGUGUGGCCCGUCGCUACAGCGGCACCAUGCAAGCCUACAAACACAUCUUCCAGAACGAGGGCAUUCGUGGACUCUGGAAAGGCACACUACCCAACAUCACGAGAAACGCACUAGUCAACUGCACAGAGCUGGUUACAUAUGACCUGAUCAAGGAGGCCAUCCUCGGACACAAUCUGAUGUCAGACAACCUGCCCUGCCACUUUGUAUCUGCUUUCGGCGCCGGCUUUGUCACCACAGUGAUUGCUUCCCCAGUAGAUGUGGUGAAGACGAGAUAUAUGAACUCACCACCAGGCCAGUACAGGAGUGCUAUCAACUGUGCCUGGACGAUGUUGACUAAAGAGGGGCCGUCUGCUUUCUACAAAGGAUUUAUGCCAUCGUUUCUGAGGUUGGGAUCGUGGAACAUUGUGAUGUUUGUGUCAUUCGAACAAAUCAAGAGAGCCAUGAUGGUUACGAAGAAGAGGAUUGAAGCUACCAACUGAAACUGAAAAACUUGAAGCACCACUGGGUUGGCACGUUGCUGAAAAAACCUAAUGAAUAACAUAUCGCACACUGCAGUUUUAUUUUAUUUUUUUUGUCUUGUGGUGACAAAAAAGGAAAUUCCUUUGUUGAAAAAGGAAUAUCAGAAAACCUACCCAGUAUUUUGACUUUAUGUUGAAUGGCUGUAUACCAGAUAUGUGGCUGUAUCUUUAUAUUUAUAAUUUUUCAUAAUGAACUCAUUCUAAACUUAAUGGGCCUGAAUUGUGCAAACACCAAUUUGUAACGACCUCCUUUGGGAAGGAGGCUACCAAUUAUACACUUUGGGCAGCUUAAACCAGUGCACCUUCAUAUGAGCGAUAAUACUGGUGCUCAUAAUAACAUGUAAAACAGGUUUAUGUAAACCCUAAAUAUAUCUGGCUUGUUUCACUGUG